CCUUGUGACGUAUUGAGAGGAGGAGCUACGUCACCAGGGGGAGGAGCUACGGGCGAACAGGGUACCCGAAAAGUACGCUCGCCACGCUUCGGGCACGGUGGCUCGCUCCGCUCCGCUUCGCUCACCACCUAAUUACUAAAGUUACCCUGCCGCUCUGGAGAGAGGAACGGGCACAGACACAGAAUGGGCCUCCUUUUGGACCCGAAUCGCCGACAGGCCCUGUCCCGCAUUGUGACCAGGCUAAACGCCCCCCUCUGCAUUAUCAGCUAUAUCGUUGGGGUCGGCUGGUUCUUGGGCCUGGCAUUCCAGCCAUUUACACUGCAUUCUUAUAUAUCGGAGAACUCAAUGGGAUCCACCAUGGUGGAUGAGAAAUUUAUCUACGGGGAACGAGCUCUCUCAUAUGCGCGAGAGUUUUCCGCUCACAAGAAGUCAGCCGGGGGGUCUCCUGUUGCCUGGCUGGAGAGGACCAUGCGAGGCAUAGGGCUGGAGGUGUACACGCAGACCUUUGUCCGUACACUCCCCUUUCCUGAUGAGACCACGGAACGAUACAUGGUUAAAGGCACUAACGUGUAUGGCAUCCUGCGGGCACCAAGGGCAGCAAGUACGGAGUCCCUGGUCCUAAGUGUCCCCUGCAGCGAGGGGCAGAAUAACAACCAGGCAGUGGGGCUCCUGUUAUCUCUGGCGUCUUACUUCCGAGGUCAGAUCUAUUGGGCGAAGGACAUCAUCUUCCUGGUAAACGAACAUGACCUAAUCGGGAUGGAGGCCUGGCUGGAAGGCUACCAUGAUGUCAAUGUAACAGAGAUAACGUCAUCUGUGAUGAUGGGCCGUGCUGGUGCCAUACAAGCUGCAAUAUCGCUCGAGAUCAGCAGUGACGUCAUCACCAGCUUUGAUGUUGUGGUUGAGGGGCUGAACGGGCAGCUGCCCAAUCUGGACAUGGUGAACCUGUUCCUAGCCUUCUGCAAGAAAAACCAGCUGCUCUGCACCAUCCAGGGCAAGUUACAGCGCAAUGACUACGACACCUUCCCGGUGUAUGUGCACAACCUGCAGACUAUGCUGCUUAUGGUACUCAAGCAGGGCUCCGGCCGACCUCAGGGGGACCACGGCCUCUUCCUGCGCUACCACAUUGAGGCCAUUACCCUGCGAGGCAUCAACAGCUUCCGCCAGUACAAAUACGACAUGGUCACCAUAGGAGAGACCAUCGAGGGGAUGUUCCGCAAGCUGAACAACCUGUCCGAACGUCUCCAUCAGUCGUAUUUCUUCUACCUGCUCCCGUCACUGGCCCGAUUUGUGUCUAUCGGGAUCUACAUGCCGGCCAUUGGUUUCAUCAUCCUCAUCCUGAUCCUCCGCGCUCUGGAUCUGUGGAUUAAGCUGAGCCGGCCAGAAGCGGUGGCAGAGGACGGGGUGGCGGGCGCUGAGCAGGACACGAAGCCUAGCAUCCUGUCCCUGGCCACUCCGAUUGUCAUCUGCCACGCCACGGGGCUCUGCCUGUACUACAUCCCGGUGCUGAGCCAGGAAAUGGCCACGGAUCACUUUCCGGUAUCGGAGUCCGAAGCUGUGGUACUCAUCGCCAUCGCUAUCUAUGUGGCAGGUUUGGCGCUGCCCCAUAAUACACACAGGGUCCUGACUGGCACCGGCUCUGACCAGGGCUGGAUGACCCUGAAGCUCAUCUCUCUCUUGUACUUGGCCGUCCAGCUGGGCUGUAUCGCUGUCAUUAACUUCUCUCUGGGAUUCAUCCUGGCUGUUACCAUCGUGCCAGUGGCAGCCGUUGUCCAGCCCGUCGGACCCAAGCUCUUGUUCGCUGCCCUCCUGGUUCUGGUCACGCCAGCCACCACGCUCCUGGGCAGCAUCUUCCUGUACCGCGAGCUCAUCGAGUACCCCGUCACCUUUCUGGAGUGCUGGCAGAUAUUCCUCCAAGCCAUUGCGGGGGGCAUGUUGGACCACUACCUCUACGGUUCCCUCCUCUUUCCCUUCAUUGCAUUCUUUGUUUACCCGUGCUGGCUGCAGUUGUGGAACGUGGUCUUCUGGAAGUGAGCUUCCUCUAAAAAAAAAACUCCUUUGCGUGUCGUCCAAGGCUGUGCUUUCUGGAGUAAUGUCCCCCUUGGAGAAACAACGAGGUAUUCCGAGAAAGAGAGAACUUUCAGGCAAGCGGUGGACCGGCAGUGAAGGACAAGCCGGAUGAGUCCGGGGGAAUAAGGGCGCAAACUGUGGAAAAUAUUUAUUUCCGUUUGUUGAUUUGAUGCAUGAGAUGUUUCGCUCAGUGGCAGAUUUUCUGGACAUUUUAUUUUGUUUUUUGCGGAACAAUGUUUGAUGACGUCUAAGGUAAACAAACUGUGAGAAGACCGCGGGGGCCGGGAAAGGGAGCACAGGUUUUUUGCAGGUCUCUAGUGAUGACACCGUUGUUGUGGAGCAGCUUGCGUGACUACAGGCACCAAACACAAACGUGGGCAACUCUUGGGUCAAGUUGUCUUGAACACCGAAAAAAUUAAAAUAAAGGGCAUUUUUUUUAAAGGAA